CUGUCCCUCCGCUCACGCCCAUGCCACGUGAUGAUUCCAGAUCCCUACGGAACACUUACACUGUUACACACACACAUGCACAUGCAUAUGCAUAUGCAUGCAUCCAAUCCAUCUUCUCCCUCUCCCUCUCUUCAAAAAUUACUACUCCACUACCACUAGACUAGUACUAUUAAAUUAUUGUUAACAUAUAAUCAAUCAAUCCAUGACCGACUGACUCACUGACUAUUCAUCUUCUUCCCCAAAUCUUCUCGUUCUUCUCCUUCCCCCACCCCAGAUCCAUCUUCUCUUUUCCCUCUUCCUCUAGCUCUGCCCCACCUCAGGAUUUAACCUCCUUAUACUAAACUCGUUUGCCUCCUCCUCCUCUUCCUCUUCCUCUUCCAUCUUCAACCGCAUAUAUAUCUAUAAUUGAAAUUGAUCCAGCUGCGGGACAGCUCCCUCAGCAUGUUCGUUCUAUGUAUACAUUUUGAUAUACAUCAUAAGGAUAAGGAUCAGAUCAGAUCGGAUCAGAUCAAUGAACAAUAACAUCAUGGGGUGCACGUCUUCUGUAUAUGCAGCAGCAGCAUCAUCCGGUAAAAGGAAUGUGCAGAAGAAGAAUAAGAAGAAGCACAAUAUCCCCGAAGUCUCUGUAUGUGUCCCCUCCCUCUGGAUUCCCGUACAAUCCCAUAUGCUGCACCCAACACUCCGACUCCGACUCCGAGGCUACAUCCCCCAGGAUCUUGUUCAUAGAAUCACUUCCCUCCGCAACCGGAUUACUCUACUUGCCGAAUCCGCCGGGACCUCCACCACGGAACUAACACAAGCAUUGGAAGAAUACUUGCCCCUUGCGCUUGGCCUCGCCAACACAGAAGUUGGGGGGGUUCAAGAUUUGGUGGAGUUCAGAUGGAAGGAGAUUGAAAAGGGAAAACAGGAAAUCUGUAUUGCCAACUCCUGGUUUGAAGUACUGAAUGUUUUAUAUAUGAUGGCUACGGUAACGUUGAUGGACGCAAAUAUGAAGCUAAUUGCGAGUCCCAAAAGCAGCAGCAGCAGCAGCCACUCGGAAAGGCUUGUAUCUGCUGAUUGUAUGAGGGAUGCUCUUGAUUCAUUGCUUAAGGCAGCGGGAUAUUUGAAUUUCUGUGUCCACCACAUUCUUCUUAGACUACCACCUGAGAUAAUGGGCAAACUACCUCCAGAUUUGAGCAAGGGUGUCCUAGAGGCAAUUUCACAUCAAGCCCUGGCUCAGGGGACUGAAAUUCAGCUUGGACUUGCAGUCAAAAGCCAAAAUGCAACUUUAUCUGUGAAGAGGAGACUAGCAUGUGAACAGUUGAGUUAUUUUGAGCAGGCUCAUGGCUGCUUAUCCGAAGUGGAUAAUGAGCAAGGUGGUGGAACAAAGAAACUAUCUUUGUUCCUCAAGUGGAAGCAUCUAGAAGCAAAGGCUGCAGCUUAUUACUAUCACGGUCUAAUCCUUGAUAAGGCCGGGGGAGACAAGGAUGAAGGAGGAGGAGAUUCUUCUUCUCCUUCUUCUUCAUCUAGUGGCGGCGGCGGCAGCAACUGGCAUGAGAUUGCGCUCCUGUGUUUCCUUGCAGCAGAGGAGCUGUUGGGGGAUGGGAAGAAGGCUUGCUUAAGCUUUUGCCUCUCAGAUCCAAUUACAAGGAGCCCUCCACCGUGGGGUGCCAUCAAGCAUUUAUACAAGAAGAUUCCAGAUACGGCCUCCAAGAAAUCUCAAAUGUACGCCUACCUACUUCACCAACCUCACAAGCAGCAGCAGCAGGUGGUUUUGCCUGAUCUUCCAGAAUUUCAACUGUCUCUCAAAGCUGAUGAAUUCGAGUUGCCAGAAGUGGAUCCUGCUGAUUGGCAAGUCCCACUCCCCGCCGGAAUGACUCUCUAGAACAACACAUCACCACACCACCACAUCCACAUUCAUCUCAUCGUCUGCACCCUCUGCCCCUAAACUAAGUUACUGUUAGUGUCAUACUUAUAAUAAUAAUAAUAAUAAGAUGGCAAUGGAAGUGUGGUUGCAUAAAGCCUAAUUAAUCAAUUCAUCCGGAGCCAUCAUUGAAAUUAAGUCUAUGCUCAUUUCAUUUCGUUUCUACUUGUUGAUAUAGAUGCAGCGGGAUUGGUAUAGAAAUGGUUCUUUUAAUUAA